AUGGCCCUCGAUGAAGAUUGGGAUCCGGAGCUAGAGGCGGCACUGGCGGCCUCUCGUGUGGACUUUUUCGGAGGUGCUGCUGCUCAGGACUUGGAACUCAUCGCGGCUCUGGAGGCAUCACGCGUGAGGCCAGAAGAUCUCGAGCUGGAGAGGGCGAUCCAAGCCUCGUUGUAUGCCAGACGAGAGUCACCAGAAGACCUGAAGGAUGUGGAGGCUGCCCUGAAAGCCUCCCAACAGGAUCAGGAGAAAGAUUCCAAACAGAGAGAUCUGAUCAAAAAGCAGGAAGAUGGCUCCGACCUAUUCCAGGCCGCCCUGCGAGCCAGUCGCGUCGACCUGGGCCCACGGGGAAUCUCUCAGGUUGCAAAGAUUAUGGCGACGGGAGACCCGAAUUUGGGUCAAGCCCAAGUGCUCGCUAAAAGGCCUGAAAGCAGGUCAACGAGACCAUCACAUUCGGGUGCUGGCCCUCCCCCGAGUGCGGCCGCCAAGCGAGGAGCCAGUUCAGCGCUCCGGCACACGGGCGCAGCGCUUGCUCAAGGCAAGCGUGGAGGUGACAAAAUGGCGAAGCGAGCGAGCGCCAGCCGAGCACAUCGUCGGUGA